GAGAUAAUUAAAGAAAGGUACCUGGGUACAUACUUUCUUACUUGAAUAUCACGUCUAUCAUAACUAGAUCACAGGCGGAGAGUGUUGCAAGAUAGCAGCCCUGGAGAUCGGCAAUGGACCCCGCACAGCGCCGCCGAAGGAACAAUGGCAGCACAUGGGUGAUUGUAAAGACAAUCAUAAGUCUUGUUAUAGGUCUCAUCGGAGGUCUAACCAUAGCGGCUGUCUUUAAUGGGCACUUCAAUGAACACCUAUCUUCGGACUAUAUUGAGCUACCGCGGACCAGACCGACACAAGGAAGCACACUGAAUAUUAGCGAAUCCAUGGGUGAUUUAUGGACGGGUUCUGAAGGUAUCUUCGACGACAAGAUUGAGGCGGCGCUAUGGUUUACUGAUGCAGAUGCCACUACCCAACUCAUAACCACAUUAUUGGAGGCCGUACCCCUAAGUUAUGAAGUAUACCCUGGGGCGUUUGACCAUUUACGCAUACCAUCGACUGAGCGUCAAUUAACAAAGCGCAAUACACACCUCGACAUAGCGAGGACUGCGUUUACGGAAUAUUCCGACGUUCGCGAAGAGCUGUAUCGUGAUAUCUUAUCCAACAGAGUCUUAUGGCAUUGGUACGCCGAUAGGGAAGUGGACGUUAAGUUCUUUGGUCAUAUUGCCAAUAUGUCUACGGAGAAUACGACGGGCCUUGAACUUGAACAUUGGGAAGAUGCGGAGGAGUUUGCGAGAACUACCGCGGUAGAGCUUAUCCAGACAUAUCGUAAUAUCUGGGCCAAAUCAAACGCCGUCAAGAAAAUGGGAAAGCACCUGGAUACGCUGAAAAGUAAUGUGCAAGAAGCCAUGAGUAUUGAAUAUGAAUUUAUGAAGUAUCUACCGCUCAAGUCAGCCAAAAACCAAUUGUGGAAUGGUCGAGACGCAAAUAAGACACUUCCCUUACUUUACACAAGUGUCGUAAAGCUAUCAUGUCGAUACAAGGAUAUUACGAAGGGCUUGAAAGGGAUGGAGCUCAUCCUGAAGAACCCGCCAUCACCACAAUCUGGCUUUCCAACUAAGGGAGCGUCUAUGAUUGCCUGGUCUCAAGUUAUAGAAGGCCUCGUAUGGCACUGGGGCACGUUUUUGCUCAACUCACAGCCAGGCAGGCUAUUCGCCAUGAGAAGAGAAACGUUGAAGGGCGUAAAAGACCUCCGCACUUACGACUUGGAAAAGUCGUGGGAGCAGUGGAGAGAUCGGAACUGCGCUGGUACGACAUGCCACACGAAAACCACCCUCACUUACAAGUUUGGGGUCUGGGCCGGCUUGCGCAUACCAGUACUGGAGGGCCGUGCUCAGGAUGAGAAUGCGUUUUGUAAGAGACAGACUAUACCAGCUGGUCAAAAGCCGAAUGUUUGGCGGGGAGUGUAUCAGCAGGUGUGUUGUGAUGAAGAAUCGUCACUUACGUCCUUCAUAAAAUACGGACCGGUAGAUACGAUAUCUACUCCUGUUUAGGUAUGGUACAAGCAACAUAGUGCAGGAUUGCCUAUGAAGAUAGGUACCUAUGAUGCAGAGGGACAAGUGAUGGAUGUGGGAUAAUUAUGCCCGUAGUUACCUAGGUAAUAUUAUAUGGGUAAUUAUUUCAGUCUUUUUGAUACUAAGCUACUAGGUAGAUAAGGUACCUUUUCCCGC